AUGAUCUUAGGUUUUGCUGAAGAUUGUCGUAAGAUAUUUGUUAAUGUAAAACAUGAACUUAUACUAACGAGAUCGAGAAAUGAUUUAAAUGCAGUUGUUCAAGGUGCUAUUCCUGCUGCAAAUGCUAAUGAAAAACCGACUUGGGAAGAGUUUCAAAUACAAAAAGACAAAUUGAUGUCUAUGAGCUUCCGUACUUGGAAGCUCUAUGAAUAUCCACUCUUUCCCACCAUAUCUAAGCAUAUCUGGACAGUCAAGACGUCCAAUCAGUUGGAAAAGCCACGUUAUGUUGUACUGGCUUUUCAAACAAACCGAAAGAAUCAGAGAGCUGCUAGUGCUAGCAAGUUUAAUCACAGUAACAUAAGAAAUGUGAGACUCUGUUUAAAUUCACAAUAUUAUCCCUAUGGUGAUCUCAAUCUCGAUAUGACAAACAAUCAGUAUGCACUGUUGUAUGACAUAUAUGAUUUUCUGAACGUCGCGCCUUUAAUUGUGAUUGAUUGCUCCAAGCAAAAUGACUCACUGAAAAAUUCUCCAGUAGAUGUGCGUUUGGAAUUUGAAUCUCACGCUAAUUUUCACAAUACAUCAGCCUGCUGCCUAAUUCUACACGAUCGUAUUGUUCAAUACAGUCCAAUGAGUGGAGACGUUAAGAAACUCAUAUAA